AUGCUGGAUGAGCUAGAUAACGUGUUUGACGACCAUCCGUCGCUGGAUGCGUCACUAGAGGACUUUGAGAACAACAGCAAUGCGCAUCGCUCUCCCGUAUUCGGCCUCCCCUCGCAGCAUUCUGGGUUUCGCUCAGAGGAGUCGGAAUGUGAGGAAGAGGAUACCACUCCGAACGGUGAGCGCUGGUCGCCUCCAGGCUUCCGCAGAUAUGAUUACGUUCAAGGUAGCGGGUGGUAUCGCCAUCAACCUUAUGUGCGGAAAGGCGAGAACGAUCGGCCGGUGCUGAAACCGACCGUGGGAGUCAGCCCGUCGCUGUCGCGCGAGGCUAGCCCACAGUAUGAAGAUGCGAUCGAGACCCCAUUGGUGAAGAAACGCAGCGAGUCGGCCGACACGGGGGAUGCGACCAUCGCUGCCAACGUACCGUUACCUGCUGAUACGCCACUCAAGGGACGGUCCCCGAGUCCCUCUCCGGCGCUCAGGGCAAGCCCCGCGGACGAAGGAUUGGACUUUGGACCGGAGAAUAACUUGAGCAAUUAUAUCCGGUUUGCUGUGCGCGCAGAAGUCCAGCAUCGCGAACCAUUUGUCGCAUUCUUUAGUUACUUGCGGUCCAAGUUCGACAGGAUCACUAGUUCCAAAUCCAACACCACACUGUCCAUUCUAAUUGCGCUUCUGUCCAUCGCAUUCAUGCGCGCAUUGUUCUUGCCUAGUCUCCCUCAAUCGAUUCCAGAUCUGGUGAAAUUGUCAAGCUUUGCGCGAUCGUUUGAGCCUCUCAUAUACUACUCUGAGAAUGGAGUACAGCAGAUUGGAACGCUGCAGGAGACCGGUGUUGCUGUCUGGGAUCUGAGUGAAUCCGUCCGCGGUACCAAUAUGACCAGCGCGCCGAUCAUUGUGCGCCAGCUAGACGAACUGUCCGAGUCUCUGAAAACAUUGUCGCUGGAGCUAACGCGCUUUUUCGCCAAUGUCGACUCCGAUGUCGACUCUAUUCUGAUAGUCAUGGACUGGGCCAAAAGAGAGCUGGAGACUUUAUCGUCGCAACCUCCAAGUUCUCUGCCGUCCAUUGUCCUCGACAAUGUGCAUGAUCUCUUAUCACGACUAGGUACGCUGGAGCGGACAGACACUCCAAGCGGUGAGGCAACCAGCAGCCAGCUGACAACCACCCCAACCACAUUUGGCCGCGUCGUGACGGCCGUAUUGGGUCAGACUUCCGCCCAGCGCACACAGGCCACUCUCAUGCGAACCUUCACGGAAUUCCUAUCCGUGCUUGAAGAGUCGAUCAAUAAUCGCCAAUUUCUCAAUCUGCAGCGUACCGUUGUGCGCGAGUCAGACGCCCAAGAACGUGCCGAGGGGGAGAUGCUGAGCUCCCUAUGGACUCGAGUUCUCGGUCCUGAUGCCGCUAUGGUUCGUAAAUAUGAGAAGAACAAGCGCCUGUUAGCCAAUGUGCGCAGCCGCACUGUCGCCAACAAGCAUCUCCUGAUGGAUCACCGCGGCCGUCUUUUGACACUGAAGGUCAACUUGGAGACCCUGCGACGAAAGCUGGUCAGUCCCCUUGUCCGCCGAAAUGAUUCGGUGAGCUUUGUUGGUGCUGUCGAGGGAGGCAGCGGGCGCAGUCACGGACGGAUGCUCGGGCCGGUCGAAGCGGUCAUUGAAGGCCAGAUCCGCGGGUUGGAGAGUACAUACGAUUACCUCCGAUCUGUCCGAGAAAAGCAGAAAGCCAAACUCAUGGAAAUGGUAUAUGGAAGCGGUCGCAAAAUCCCAUCACCGUCAAUGUUACCGGACGGAUCGGACGAUCUAGGGUCAGAUACCAUUGAAGGGGUCUGA